AUGUCAAAGUCAGGCGUGCUGACGGUGCUCGAACACUUAAUGGUCGUGGUGGUGACGCCCGAGCCGCCCUCGAACUCCGCCGACAUCACACUCCAGGUGCUGUCGACGGUUAAGAUGUCCACCUCAAAGAUCCAAAACGGGGAGUUGUUGGCCGAGCACGUCACCAGCUCGGUUGCGAACGCCAUAGAACCACUGGUCUCGACGACGGCGGACGCGUCCGGGUUGAAGUGGGUGCCGCCGGGGAGAAGGUUGGUGCCGCAGGGCAGAUGCGAUGGGGCGGCGGACGACGAAGCGGAAGCCGAGGACGAAAUGGAGGACGAAAUGGAGGACGAAAUGGAGGACGAAAUGGAGGAUGUCAGCGACGAAACCGACGAGGACAAUGACGACAAUGAUGACGAGGACAACGAUGACACCGAAGAAGGCACCGACGAAGACACCGACGAAGACACCGACGAGGACACCAACGAGGAAACCGACGAGGAUAUCGACGAGGAUGUUGACGAGGAUGCUGACGAGGAAGGCGUAGAAGACGACACGGACACGCGGGACGGCCUGCAACGCGCCGCUGUGGCGGCACCUGCGCCGAGGAGGCCGCCCAGGCCGACAAUAUACGAGAACCGCAUGGUAUAA